CGGGGCGGCCGCAGCCUGGUCGCCGCCCGCGGGCUUGUCCGACGCCCGCCCGGCUGUCCCCGCCGCCCUGCAGCCAUGUGACCGCGCCGCCGCCCUCCGCGCGCCCGGCCCGCCCGCCCGCCCGCCGCGCGUCCGCGGCCCGGCCGCAGCCCAGGCCGCCGAGGGAGCGGCGGGGCCGGCGCCAUGGCCGAGCGGGGCCGCCUGGGCCUGGCCGGCGCGCCCGCCGCGCUCAACACGCCGGUGCCCAUGAACCUGUUCGCCACCUGGGAGGUGGACGGCUCCAGCCCCAGCUGCGUGCCCAGGUUGUGCAGCCUGACCUUGAAGAAGCUGGUGGUCUUCAAGGAGCUGGAGAAGGAGCUCAUCUCGGUGGUGAUUGCUGUCAAGAUGCAGGGCUCCAAGCGGAUCCUGCGGUCCCACGAGAUCGUGCUGCCCCCCAGUGGACAAGUGGAAACUGACCUGGCGCUGACGUUCUCCCUGCAGUACCCCCACUUCUUGAAAAGAGAAGGCAACAAGCUUCAGAUCAUGUUGCAGCGAAGAAAGCGGUACAAGAACCGGACGAUCCUGGGCUACAAAACGCUGGCGGCUGGCUCCAUCAACAUGGCCGAGGUGAUGCAGCAGCCGUCGGAGGGCGGCCAGGUGCUGAGCCUCUGCAGCAACAUCAAGGAGGCCGCGGUCAAGGUGGCCGAGAUCUGGAUCUUCUCCCUGUCCAGCCAGCCUAUCGACCACGAGGACAGCACCAUGCAGGCCGGCCCCAAGGCCAAGUCCACCGAUAACUACUCCGAGGAGGAGUACGAGAGCUUCUCCUCCGAGCAGGAAGCCAGCGACGACGCCGUGCAGGGGCAGGAUUUGGACGAGGAUGACUUCGACGUGGGGAAGCCCAAGAAGCAACGGCGAUCGAUAGUAAGAACGACGUCCAUGACCAGGCAACAGAACUUCAAGCAGAAGGUCGUGGCCCUGCUGCGGAGAUUUAAAGUUUCCGACGAGGUCCUGGACUCGGAGCAGGACCCUGCAGAGCAUGUCCCCGAGGUGGAGGAGGACCUGGACCUUCUGUACGACACGCUGGACAUGGAGAACCCCAGUGACAGCGGCCCCGAUAUGGAGGACGAUGACAGCGUCCUCAGCACCCCCAAGCCAAAGCUCAGGCCGUACUUCGAAGGCUUGUCCCACUCCAGCUCGCAGACGGAGAUCGGGAGUAUCCACAGUGCCCGGAGCCAGAAGGAGCCUCCGAGUCCGGCUGACGUGCCUGAGAAGACGCGGGCCCUCGGAGGGAAGCAGCCAAGUGACAGCGUCUCCGAUUCCGUGGCCCAUAGCGCACCCGCCCCGGGGGAGCAGCCAGCUCCACCCGAGGACAGCCCGGAGGUGGAGCCCUCUGCCCUGGACACGUUCACCGAGAAGCUGCCACCCAGCGGGCGGAUCACCAAGACAGAGUCUCUGGUCAUUCCCUCCACCAGGGCCGAGGGGAAGCAGGCCGGCCGCCGGGGCCGGAGCACGUCGCUGAAGGAGCGGCAGCCGGCGCGUCCGCAGAACGAGCGGGCCAACAGCCUGGACAACGAGCGCUGCCCGGACACUCGGAGCCAGCUGCAGAUCCCCAGGAAGACUGUGUAUGACCAGUUAAACCACAUCCUCAUCUCCGAUGACCAGCUCCCCGAAAACAUCAUUCUUGUCAACACCUCGGACUGGCAGGGGCAGUUCCUCUCAGACGUCCUGCAGCGGCACACGCUCCCCGUGGUGUGCACGUGCUCUGCUGCCGACGUCCAGGCGGCCUUCAGCACCAUCGUCUCUCGGAUACAGAGAUACUGCAACUGCAAUUCCCAGCCGCCGACCCCCGUGAAGAUCGCCGUGGCGGGAGCGCAGCAUUACCUCAGCGCCAUUCUGCGGCUCUUCGUGGAGCAGCUGUCCCACAAGACCCCCGACUGGCUGGGCUACAUGCGCUUCCUCGUCAUCCCGCUGGGCUCCCACCCGGUGGCCAGAUACCUGGGCUCCGUGGACUACAGGUACAACAACUUCUUCCAGGAUCUGACCUGGAGAGACCUAUUCAACAAGCUGGAGGCCCAGAGCGCCGGACCCCGUGAGGGUGGCUGCCAGAGGAGCCGCUCAGCCGCCCCCAGCAUGGCCGCCUGGAUUCGGGGUGCUGGCGUGCAGCACCCCACGAACCCCUCCUGGUCUCCUCGUGCAGUGCAGGACACGCCGGACAUUGUGUCGAGGAUCACGCAGUACAUCUCGGGGGCCAACUGCGCCCACCAGCUGCCCAUCGCGGAGGCCAUGCUGACCUACAAGCAGAAGAGGAGAAAGAACUUUCAUUUUGACUUUACUCUCAGCCCCGACGAAGAGUCCUCUCAGAAGUUCAUUCCCUUCGUAGGGGUGGUGAAGGUUGGAAUAGUGGAGCCAUCUUCGGCCACUUCAGCCCACAGCUGCCUGGCCUCCCUGCCAUGUCUGGGUCCAGAGGGCUUGGGGCAGAGCAGCGCGGGAGCUCAGCACUGGCCCCCGACUCCUUCCCAAGGUCAGCAGGCUGCCCAGCAGCGGCGAGGCUGCGGCCACGCCCACCAUGUCCAUGACCGUGGUCACCAAGGAGAAGAACAAGAAGGUGAUGUUUUUGCCCAAGAAAACCAAGGACAAGGAUGUAGAGUCCAAAAGCCAGUGCAUCGAGGGUAUCAGCCGCCUCAUCUGCACCGCCAAGCACCAGCAGAACAUGCUGCGGGUCCUCAUCGACGGUGUGGAGUGGAACGACGUCAAGUUCUUCCAGCUGGCGGCCCAGUGGUCCUCCCACGUCAAGCACUUCCCCAUCUGCAUCUUCGGACACUCCAAGUCCACCUUUUAGCCCCGCCUGCCAAGGGGCCGCGCCGGCUCCCCGCCCUGCAGCCCUGCGAUGGCCGAGCGCCGGGAGGGCCCAGCUGCUUUUCUGUUAACAUUUCAGUUUACUGCAGAGACAGACCCUUAAAAACCCAGAGAAAAACAGUCUUAAGUAUGAACAUGCUCACUACCUGGAAACUAACGGGGCAGCCCCCCACCGGGACCCCACAACUGCUCUGCUUCUUAACCAGAACGUUCCGGCAGGGGUGGGAGGUCAGGCGGACAGUGUUGAACUUGAGAAUCGUGGAAGGUGUGUUGUGGCCUCAGGACUCCCCCCACCCAUCCCCCCAACAAGAAGGGUUCUUGCCUUUGCAUCCUGUCCUUCCUGAAAGCCAGGACUCUGCUUCCUCGGAGCCAGGGUCCGGCAGGCGGCCACCCCGACCCCCGGCUGCCUGUGUGCCCAGGCACCGAGCUGGGUGGCCAGAGGCCAAAGGCCAGCCUUCUGUCGGGGGCGUCCUGGGCGGAACAGAGGCCAGUCAGGCCAGUCAGCCCAGCCCUGGGCCCCAGCCACCAACCAGGCAAGAGAUGCCCCGGCACCGCCCACUCGUGGAUCCCAGUGACCUCCAGCCACAGGGGGCAGUGGCGGUUUUAUAGUCGCGGAUUUUUUAAUGCUUUCAAAUACAUGUUGCAAUGUAGCUGCCAAAAAGACGUUGCUCUUCUGAAGCCCCGACAGCCCCUUAGGGCUGAGGCAGAGCAGCUGUGCUGCCCGGGGUCCCCGCCCCCCACACCCACUGCUCCCCCCUGGCCGUCCCCGCGGCGCCGCUCUGCUUCUGCGAGUUGUGCCCGCCCCAGACUUAGUGGGCACGGUGGCUUCCGCAGCUGCCACCUCCUGCCCCCACCCCAGCCCCCGUGCUGGCUGGGAGGUGUUUGGCCAGGCAGCCAGGUGUUUGUCAUCUGAAACACUAAUGUGGCCAGUUAGAGCUCAGACAAGGCGGCCAGACCAUAGGGGCCAAGCCCCGUUGGGGCUGUGGGUGAAGCUAGGGCCCCACCUCGAGGCCGGGCUCCUCAGGACGGAGGUGUUUGUGGUCUGGGUCCCUGCGGAGGGGGGCGAGCCUACCUUCCACCUGAGGCCAGGGUCCUUGCCAGUCCUCCCACUGCCCCACAGGCCUGCACCCCAGCACUCCACAGGAAGAGCCCCUCAGCUCCUGCCCCUUGGCAGCUGUGGUGGUAGGACCGUGGUGACCCACCCAGGGGGCUGUGAGCCCGGUUUCCUAGGGCCGAGAGCCACACAUGCUGUGCUCAGAAACAGUGCCAAACGCAGACAGGCUGCAGGCCUUUCCCGCUCUUCUGGAGGACGGGCCUCACCAACAGCCCGUGGCACAGAGGGGUCCCGCUUAGUGGAUGGAAAAUGGCCUAUUUUAUUACCUGCUUACCUCCCCCAGGUGGCUGUACGGGGUCCGAGUGUCCAUGGCUGAGGGCCUUGGACCUAGCUGGCACACAGCGUUUGGACAUGGCCUUGGACCAGGGGCCCUGCCCCUCCCUGGGAAGGACCCGGGGGAGGGUGCAGGCCGCUGAGCUGAGGACCCCUUGGGCGGCCUGUGCAGCAUCUGCCUGCGGCUACACUCAGAAGCAGCCUGGGGACCUUGAGCCUCCCCCCUUGUUCCCACCACGGCCUCAGGGCCUUGGUUACUGCUCCCGUUUCCAAAGGUCACACUCAACAGGAAGGAGGUGCAGGUGACACACCCUUGACUUAGCUUUCCAGCUGCAGAGCUAGUUUUAGAAGAAGGGCCAAAGGGGGCUGUCCCAUCCAUCCCUACUGUGAGCUGUCUUCCUCACGCCUCCCUGUGUCCUUGUACCCACAAGGAGAAGACACCCAGCACCUCCACCCUGUGCCACUGGGCCUGCAGAGCCCAGUUGUGGUCUGUCCAGUGCCACGGGGCCCACCGGCCACACUGUUUAUGGGCCCAGGAGGUCGUGCAGAUGACCCCAACCACCAUAACUCACUUGGAGACCUGGGCUUUGCUCACGCUGGUGCCUCGGUUUCCCCAUCGGCUAAACGGGGAUGGUCACGUUUCCCCAGCCUACCUCAUGGAGCUGUUCUGAGGAUACAUACAAAAGCACUUUGUCCCUGGGAGGAAGGUGAUGCAGAAGCCAAAGCCGUCUGUGACUGAGCCAGUGCAGCCGUGAGCACGUGGAGGGCGGUGGGGGCAAGUGAGGAACAUGGGGCCCAGACCAUGACCCACAGGACAGGAGCAGGGGUCCUCAGCCCAUUGGGUGACCAGUGGUCCUUAGGACUCAAAGGUUAAGCCACCAGCCACCUUCGGGUAAGGCCAGGCUCCUCGUGGGCCUGGUGGCAUGGUGUGGGCAAGCUCUGCCCUCGCUGAGGUCCCGUGGAGGUGAGCUCCAGCCCUGUAUCCGGGCCACUGCUUCUCCCUCCUUGUGUUGGUCCCCUGGGUCCCCAUCUCCUCAGGGCAUGCAGGCCGGUGUCCCGAGUCAGUGUCACGGCUGCAGAUCCGGAAGGAGAGGGACUCUGGGCCCAGAACCAAAGGUCUCUGUGCAGCGGCAGGCAGAUGAGAGCAGCCAGGGCCAGCAUUGCUGCUCUGUCCUCACUCCCAGAUAUGAAGACCUGACUGGCCUUUGUCCCAGAACAGGUUCCUCAUGACAAGACCGGGCCACUUGCUCCCAAAGGCCAGUUGCCUGACCCCUACACCUGUUCCUUGACCCCUCCCGAGACCCGUCCUGUCCUCCGGUGGAGAGGAAGAUAAGUCCUUGGCAGGGGCCUGAGGACUGGGCUUGGGGGUCCCUCCCCCAGGGGAGGCUAAGGGGUGCCGCCGUGCGUUCCUGCAGACCCCCCGUCCAGUUCUUUGUGCGUUGUUUGGUUUCUAGGAUGUACGUGUUGCUAGGUUUUUGUGUUUUUUUUUUUAAUGGAAAACAGGAUUAAUGUAAAUAGCGUUUUUGGAAAACAGAUUCUAAUCUCACGUUAUGUGACCACGUGGAGUAUUUUAAGGUGCUGAUGCGACACUAAUAAACGCGGGGAGCACUCCCAGGCCCUC